GCUGUAGUCGACUGCGCAGACGCAGACGAGAUUCAGUCUGAGGAAACUUCAGUGUGGCAUGAGCUGGCGCAGACAGAGGAAUAACAGCAACGAGCGCUUAUAAUGCCUCUUAAGAGCGGGAACGGGUGACUGAAACACUGCGCGUGCACUGGACAUGAGCCUGAUCCGCGUUCACACACAGCAGGAAGUGUGCUCGAGUGUUUCGGACCGGCUCACGUUUAACUUCGGCUCCGGACCGCGCGUGCUCGAGUGACGGAUCCGCUAUGUUGAGUUUACGCGGUCUCCUGUUGGCCGCGGUGUGUCUGUCUGCCGUCGCGCGGGAGGCGCUCGAGGAGUCGAUGGAUGCAGGAGGAGGAGAUGAGAACGGCACCAGGACUCACUCGCCCGACUCAUUCUCCAACUCAUCCUUGUUGAGCAUCAGCUCAGGAGACCCCGAGGCGGCUCCGAGAGUUACGCACGGGGAACCUGACAGGAACGAGCGAGCGAGCGACUCAACGGACUCUCUCCCGUGUUCUGAGACCACGUGUUCUCCGAGGGCCGACACACUCCAGACUUCGGACUCGCUGACCGGCGUUCCCAUCGGAGACUCAUCUGGCCCGAAACUGCUGGACGCGACCGAUACGUGGACGGAACCGGUGCAUCUGCGGGCAGAAGCAGUGAGCGUGCUGGAGCUGGGCACCGAGGCCACCAUGCCGUCCGAAGACCUGCCUCUGAUCUUCGAGGACGUCGCAUCGCCAUCCGUAGUGUCCGUCACCGUGGCGUCGGCUGCCGUGACGACGGGAGACACUGAGCGAAUGGUGUCCAUGGAUACGGUGCACUCUUCCUCUGAUGUCCUUCUCUCAGGAACUCUGGACUGGCAGACGUCUGGAGCGAGAGCCUCCGUCACAGAACCUGAUCCGUCACUGGAGCGAAAUGAUGACAUCACACAGAGCUCAGUUACCCAUCAGACUCUGGCGGUCGUUCACGAAGAUCUGGAGUCUAAAGAGGAGCCUGAUGAAGAUGAGGAGGAGUCUGAGGAGGAGAGUGAGGAGGACCUGAUGGAGAGCACCCUGGCUCCACACACGCGGCCGCCCUACAGCCUGAUCCCCCCUCCCCCCAUCUGGGUGCAGCGGAACCAGGGCCUCGUGCGGAGCUGGGUCGAGCUGAUCCGAGAGAAGGCUGGUUACGUGUCGGGGAUGUUGGCGCCGGUUGGCAUCGGGAUAGCUGGCGCUCUUCUGCUGGUCGGUGCCCUUUACAGCAUCAGACUGAUCCACCGCAAGAGGAGAGACAGCUUCAAACACCAGAGGAGGAAGCCGCCCAGAGAAGUGCGUAGCGGCCCGGACAACGCCAUGCUACUGGCCGACAGCUCAGAGGACGAGUUCUGACCCGCCGGGGGCAUCUGUGCUUCAGUCCUGCAUUUCACACAGUUUCUUCACUAGCAUCGACGCUCUUUUGAGAAGACGUGUGUAUGAGGAAGAUUUGAACUGCUCAGUAUUUAAUGAAUAGUUUAAGAAUUGUCUACCGUAUGUGUUCAUUUAAGCAGAAACGCGUGGAAUUUAUAUCGGAUAUUAUUGAACACCUUGAAUCAUGAAUAAGCCAGUGUUGUGAUAUAAUAGUGCUUUCAUCCAAACUCAAGACUUCUGCAAGCUGUAUAUAUCAACUAAAAUACAUCACCAGGCUUAUUAUAGUUUCAUUUAGAAAAUAUUAAAUGAUUGCAUAUUAAAAUUGAAUCGUGAAAGAUCUGCUCUUGUUUAAACUUGCGCUCAUGUGCUUCAGUUCUUAAUGAAAUCAGCAUUUAAACACAUUAUAACACUUCUGUAUUUUAUAUGAAUGUAAAAUGGACCUCAAUGGUGUUAUUGGUUAUUUCUGGCUUAUAUUCGCAUUCGCAGCGCAUCAUGACAGGUGAUUCUGUACAGUUGUUUUCACUGUAAAUAUGAUUAUGAUGCCAAAUGUUGUUUUAAUGACAAUCAAAUCUAUAUGAGCUCAUGUACAGUCGUCCAGGUCAUGAAUCGUGCGUUCACUGCUCGUUACGGGAGUUCUUAAUUACUUCUUAAAAAUAUUUUUUGUCAAAGUUGUGAAUUAUCUUUACAGUAAAAGGGUGUUCAGUGUCUUAGACAUGUACAUGAGGAAUUCAUCACUGUAAACAUGACAAAAAUAAAGUAUUAAAUCAUUUAA